AUCUUUCACAACUGAUAGAAUCGGCAUCUUUCGAUACCAACAAGAUGCCGCUUGAAGAGCCCUGUGCUAACCCGCUCCUCCUCGGGUGGGUGCAAGAAUGGGUGGAGAAAGCUCGAGACCACAACUCCAAGGGUCUGUUAACUUACAGGAAGGCAUAUGACGCCCUUAAGGCAUGUCCCGUAACUUUUCAGCAUCCCUGUCAAUUACAGCAAUUGAAGGGAUUUGGCCAGACGUUAUGCAAUCGCUUGACAGAAAAGAUGCAGAAGCAUUGUGCGGAGAACGGGUUGCCUAUGCCAAAACGUCCGAGACGAAUCAACAUUCCCGGCUUAGCUGGCCAAGAUGACGACGAUGAAGAUGGUGAAGAAAGACCACCAAAACGGCAGAGAAAGUCAAGGCCUUACGUACCAACUCUUCGAUCAGGUCCUUAUGCCAUAAUUAUAGGGUUGUCAGGGCUCGAAGAAGGCUCACACCAAGGAAUGACAAAACAACGUUUGAUUGAGGUGGCACAACCCCAUUGUGAUGCCUCUUUUACUGCUCCUCCCGACCCAAAGAGUUUCUACACAGCUUGGAACUCUAUGAAAACUCUUCUUGAAAAAGACAUCGUCUAUGAACGCCGAAGUGGGCCGACAAGAAGAUACCAUUUGACCGAGGACGGAUGGGAGGUAGCACGACGGAUCCAACAUACAUUGGACCCUAGCCUACCUAGACCAGCCCCACCAAGGCCGGAACCUGUACUCCAAGAGAUCGAGCAGCCCCCUCGUCCUGUAAACCGAUCCCCUUCUGUAGAAAUCGAGGAGAAGCCUAGACACGACUCUAGUUAUGUAGACGUCGUCACCAAUGGGGAUACAUCUUCUGGUAGUUCAGCACUACCACAAUUCCGACCUAUUCGCCUAGCGCCUGGGUCCUUUGAAGUCCAACUACUACUAGACGUUCGUGAAGUUCGGGCAAAGACAGACCGGGAUUACAUGCAAAACGAAUUAUCAAAGAAGGGUGUUAAUCCAGUAAUGCGCUCACUCGAACUCGGUGACGCCCUCUGGGUCGCCAAGUGUAAAGAUCCAAACUUUCUAUCUCGACAUGGCGCUGAGGGAGAUGAAAUCGUACUUGAUUAUGUCAUCGAGAGAAAAAGACUCGACGACUUGAUUAGUAGUGUCAAGGACGGCCGUUUUCAUGAGCAGAAGUUUCGGUUGAAACGAUCUGGCAUUAAGAAUGUCGUCUAUAUCAUCGAGGAAGUUUCAAUGGAUUCGGAGACUUUAGACAGACGUGCGGAAAUGGUACAAUCCGCUAUUGGGUCUACACAGGUAGUCAACGGCUUCUUCGUAAAAAAGACGCAGAAGAUAGACGACACGAUCCGAUAUCUUACCCGAAUGACCAUGCUGUUAAAGAAGCAGUAUGAGAGCAAGCCUCUCCUUGUCAUCCCAACCGAAAUCUUGACUGCUCAGAACUACCUCCCACUCCUAGAGCAUCUCCGAGAAAAGGAGCCCACUACGGGUCAUUAUAUUAGCUAUCCAGCAUUUGCGUCACUAGCGUCAAAGUCUGACAUGAUGACAUUACGGGAUGUAUAUCUGAAGAUGCUGAUGUGUACCAGGCAGGUCUCGUGGGAGAAGGCCUUAGAGAUCCAGAAGAGAUGGAAGACCCCGUACGAGUUUGCAAAGGCAUUCGAGGAGUGUGGUGGUGGAGAGCAAGGAACAAAGCGGAAGCGAGAAUUGGUUUCUGAUCAGAUGGGAAAUCUGUUCGGGCGUAAGAAGAUUGCGAAGCCACUCAGCACGAAGAUCGCAGAAAUCUGGGCUGAUGGUAUAUGAGGCCAACGAAAGAAUGAAUCAUUGGUCUUAAUGUUGACAAAA